UGAAGGAGAACAAACGCUAAAGAGAUAAUUGAUUAGUAUUAUGUUGUGUUGAUAUGGCGUCACUCGUCACCUCAGCGCAUGUUAGCAACAUCAAACCCUUACGGUGUUCCACUCGGAAGGUUAACCGUGUGAACUGUGAACUUUCACCGCCAUCAUGUAGGGAAGGUCGCCGCAUGGUCUCCAUCUCUCUGGUUCUCUCCCCCUUCCUCCUCAUUCCGAACCGUGCUGAUGCUGAAGGAAAUCUCUUGGACAGAUAUGCUAAGAGAAAAAAGCUAGAACCUCUGGAGACUUAUGUACCCGCUGUAAUACUCACACAGUUCCAGAUCGAGGAUUUGGAUAAAACUUUAGAGGGUGAUGAACCUCAAUUCGCCCUCUGCAGGUCUCUACUUCGUUCCGGGCCUGCAGCAUCUCUUCGUAUAAAUAUUCGAGCAGUUGCGCAAUAUGCUUCAGACAGUGGCAAUGGUAAAACUGCAUUCAACAAUGUUGAUGAAUGCUUGAGGUCGAUUGAGGAACUUGACUCCUUGCUUCUGCGCGCAUCAAGAAAUGAUCCUGGCGCCUCAGUCAAAUCAAUGAAGACAAACGUCAAAUCUGCCCUUAUCGCUCUAGACAGAGAAAGAUGCUAUUCUUAAUAAGCUUUCUGUUUCAGCCUCUUACAAACAGUACCAUCGGAUGUGCUAAGUAAGGGAAAGGUUAUAGCUGAUUCAUACUUGGAUCGGGAAGACGUCGAAACAGAGAGCUUGGACCCUGGUUUAAAGCAAUUAGAAUCAAUACUAUGAAUUCCUAACAGGCAUACAAAUAAAAAAUGGAGAGCUUGUACCCUGAUUUCAUAAUAUCUUAUUGAAAAUAUCCUUGUUUAUAUCUCUA